AUGUCUCCCAAGAUCCUCGUUUUCGGCACCGGCAGCCUCGGCGCCGUGUACACAUGGGUGCUCUCGCAAGCCCCGGCCGUCGACGCCUCGGACAUCAUCUGGGGGCGAGAUCUGCGCGUGCGUCCGCGGGUCGCUCGCUCCGUCGCCGAGGCCGUCGAGCAGGCCACGGGCGAGACUUUCGACUACGUCGUCGUCACGGCCAAGGUUUUCCCGACCGUGCCCUCCACGGUGGAGCUCAUCCGGCCCGCCGUUUCGGCCGACGGCCGAACGGCCAUCGUACUGAUACAGAACGGCAUCGGUAUUGAGGACGAGUUCGCUCGACUGUACCCUAAGAAUCCCAUUCUGAGCACCGUUCUUUAUAUGUCGGCUGCACAGACGGCACCGGCCGUGGUCACUCAUCAUCAGCUCGAGCUGCUGCACGUAGGAACCUACCCAGCCGACGCCCCAGCAGCGCACAAAGAAGCCGCAGGCGCCUUCGUAGACCUGAUCAAGGCAGCCGGCGCCACUGCCAAGCUGCACGACGACAUACAGUUCCAGCGCUGGUCGAAGCUGCUCGUGAACGGCAGCUGGAACCCGAUCUGCGCGCUGUCCCGGCUACGCGACCGGCAGUUCCAGGAAUCCAAUGCAGAGGCUACGCGCUUCGUGCGCGACGUCAUGCUUGAGAUUGCGGACGUGGCCCAGGCGUACGGGUACGCCGGCAUCGACGACAAGCUGAUCGAUGUACAGAUGCAGCUAACGUCGUCGCGGGAUCUUCCCGGGGUGCAGCCGUCGAUGAUGGCGGAUGCGAUGGAGGGAAGGACGAUGGAGGUUGAUGCUAUUGUUGGGAAUGCGGUGAGGUUGGCGGCGGAGAAGGGCGUGUCGGUGCCUAUGCUGAGGACGAUAUAUCUCCUUGCUGGAGGGCUCAGUGCGAGUUUCUCGUUGGCGAAGUCGUCAGUCUGCUAG